AUGGAUUUUGCGCGAAAAAUCGGUAAAUCGGAAAAGCCCCAAAUCUGGAAGACUCGUGACCCGUUUGUUACGAUCAGGGAUAACCUUCUUUCCGAAGAUACGUCUUUUUCGGAAGAUCGUCGUUUCGUGAAUUGGAAGAAAUGGCUUGCCGAGCGGAGGAAGCAAACUCGUCGCGUCGAGUCUGUUACUGGUCGUUCGCAGGCCGAUCAAGUACAGAAUUCCACAGAAAGGUUUCGCGCCUUCGUGGAGAUGAAAGACCUUAUGGAACACGCCGCCGGUACCGUGUUCACCGAUAAGUAUCGCAGUGGACCGGAAUUUUGGAGAACGCCCGAGUUCCUGCCGAAUCGCGGCGAUACCUGCUUGCCGGAGAUAUCCUUGACUCCCAGCAGGAAGGACUUGAAUCUUCGCCCGGACUUGAUGCACGUCGGACUGCCGGAUCUAAUGGCAAAGGAGCGAGCUCUCGCCUCCCAAAAGGAAGAAUUCUGGAAACGUAGCGAGUAUCUGAAGACGCGUAAGCUCGAACUUGCCGAGGAACUCGCACUGCUGCUGCCCAAGGAGCCGGAAACGGCAACGCUGGCCAUUCAAGGACGUGCGUACGAAAGGAAGAAAUUACCGCUGCUACGAAUUCCGCCGGUAACCAUCACGGAACCUGAUGAAGAUGAGCCGCGCGGGGCUGCCGAUCAGGCAGCGGUUCUGAGGAUCCAAGACCGAGAAUUCGUCUGGCACGGAUCUCCCUCCGGAAGAACGGAGCCAGUGGGCACCGAGCCUAUCGUGUGGUCGCUAACUUUUGCGGGUAAACCCAAUGAACGAAUCGAGAGAGAGAUUGUCCUCGAGAAUAAAGGAACCCACGUUAUCACGUAUUAUUGGCGAUACUCGCCCUUCCGGACGUACGGCGUGUCUCUCGAGAGACGGGGCAGUCCGUUCUUCUUCAACAAGACGAACGGACUCAUACUUCCGGGGCAGAUCGUGAGGCUCGGGGUGUGGUACCGAUCCGGGACACGUGGAGUCUUCACCGAAUUUUGGCGAUUCGUCACGGAGCCGAAAUUAAGUCCCUCCACGUUCGUAUUCCGAUUCUGGGGCUGCGCGACCGAUAUCCAAGAUGAAGAACUGACCGAUCGCCAAACGAUCGACGAAUACCUGAAUCGCUGCGUUCGAGACUCAAUGAUACGCUCGAUCGUCGAGGAGAUCAUGACUAGAGUGGAGCACAGUGAACUACUGGAGCCGCCUCGUGAGACGUCACUCUCGCAAAGUGACCUGUUCGUCUCCCAAAAUCCUUAUCAUCAUUAUCAUCCGGGUAUCGUAAUGCAACUACAAGCAAUAUAUUUUGACGUUGCCGGUAAGAGCACGCCAGCCUGGAAUUUGUCACUAGACACUCUGCGAGGUAUUCUUUUGCGGAUAGAAAAUAUUAAUUACAAACGCGACAUGCUGGCCCGAUUUAACAAACUUUGCAAACAAAGUCUAAGGCCAAGAUUGAUCGAACCUGAUAUCGCGUAUCUCAAUAAAUAUGACGCUGCGUAUAAUAUUUUAUGUGCCUUCGCGAAUCUGUUUGAAAAUGAAAGUGAACUCGUGAAGAGGAACAGUCUGACGCGAGAAGAGCCUGCAACGCCGAUGGAGGUAGAAGAGAAAUUGACGCCCGUGUCUCAAAGAUCCAAUAACAGUUCGCUAGAAAUAUAUAGCAAGAAAAUAAGUGAUCAGUCAGAAACUAUACUAAUGCAGAAAGAGGAGGAAAGGUCCAACUUAAAUUUGCAAUCUUAUAGAGAAAUAUUUUUUAUUCGUAUAUAUAAAGCGCUGGAAGAAACCAUAGAACGAGUUUGCUCCACUGUCGAUUCUUUUCAUAGACUUAAUGAGUUGAGGCUUAAGAUUUAG